AUGGAUGAAGGAGACGUCUCAGGUUCAUCCGUGCUGUCUGGGGUGACUGAUAGGCAGAACACGACAGAAACACAGUCGGAACUCCACCCGAAGCCCCUUGUGCUCAGGCUCCUGGAGGUGAAAGAACUUGGGAGUGAAGAGGUCGCAGGGGAUGAGGAGGAAAAACAAGAAGAGGGACACGAGUAUGAAGACUUCACCGUGUUCGGUGAAUCCUCCAAUACUCACAAAUCCCAUGAUGCCUCCACAUCUUCCAAGUCCCGCAAGGCCAGCGAUCUUUCUCAGUUCCGCAAGGCCAGCGAUCCUCCUCAGUCCCGCAAGACCAGCGAUCCUUCUCAGUCCCUCAAGGACAGUGAGUCCGUCCAGUCGCGCAAGGACAGCGACUUGCUUCCCAACGCAGUGAUUACGACCUCCCCAUCUUUGAUAGCCAGAUACCUACCGCGGCUCCAGCUGGCUUCCUUGAGCGCACACCCUGUUUCCCGUGACCUUGUAAGGAAAUGUUUUUUUUCUAGAAAGAGAAUUGAAGAUCUUGCUAAACCGAAAAAGCAAUGGGGAACGCCAGACAGAAAGUUGUUUUGGGGAAAUCAAGAUCCUAUUCGCCCUCUUUCUGAUGCUGCUUUGAAGGCUCAGCUGACCAAGAGAAUUGAGGACCUUGCUCAGCCCAAGUUGGUCUCCCGACACUACGUCCCUAACAGGGCUCAGUAUUACUACAGCUGCGGCAGAGAGUCUGUAAUUUGGGAGAUCCCACCUCCUGCGCUGUUUACCCGGCCUUCUAAACGGAUCCAGAAGCUGGCAAAACCCAACAGAUUCAAAAUGCAGUGUCUGCUGAAUAGCGAUGACUUACCACCAGAGGUUCUCCGUUUCUCUGAUCCGUCUCCCAGAAUCCUGCAGCUCUCCAUAGCCAAAGGCCCAGAUCCCAACUACGUUCCUCCGAAAAGCACUGAAACCAAGAUUUCCUUAUCUACCCUGAGUGCUAUUGCAAGUCCGAGGAUUGUGGACCUCGCCCACCCGAGGAUCAAGAUAGAAGGCCUAUGUUACGAGAGAGAAAAGAGUGAAUUGCCCAUCCGUCCAGUAGCCCCUGCUGCCCUGCUUGCCAAAGCUACUGACCGAACCAUAAAGCUAGCAAAGUCUAAACCUGUUCAUGAAGAUUAUCUCCCUGUCCGGGAUGCCCGAUGGCCUGUUUCUUACGCUGCUGCUCAUUCUCAAGUGUCUAACAGAAUCCAGGAGCUAGCUAACCCACCCACAAGGGCUUCAGUGCACGUUGUAUACUACGACCCAGACGUCUUUAAAGUCAAGCCUUCUGCUUUGAGAGCACAGUGUUCUCCCAGGGUCAAGGAGCUGGCUGAACCCAUUGUGCGCUAA